CCGUGACCUAACUUCGACCGUCGAGUCUCGACCUCCUAUAUGAGCACCCCAGUGCAUUCUCCACCAACAAAGAUGGUGAAACCAUACUCUCUCCCCCAAGAACUAACGGAUAAAAUCGUCGACGCUCUGUUUAAUGCCAAUGACCAGGAAAGCAUUCGCGCGUGUUCUCAAGUGUCACGGGCAUUCUAUUAUCGUUCUCGAUAUUACAUAUUUCGAGAAGUCUAUCUCGCAUGUCAUCACGACGCAGAGUCACUCUACGACUUGUGUAUCAACUCCCCCGAUCUGUGCAGCUGUGUAGAGAGCCUGAUUUUCACAAAGAUCUGGGACAUGGAUGCAAAUAAAUUCCUCCUACCGCUCAUAAAGUUAUUGACCAAAGUCACUUUCAUCCGUAUAUCAGGUCUUUUAUGGGGAUGGUUCCCUGAUGACGUCCUCGAUGCGUCCGCUUCCCUUCCCCUUCUCACUGGUUCUUCUCUCAAAAACGUGUACUUCAACCGCGGAAUGCGGUCAUUCUACUCUUUUGCCAGCCGGCUCAGAAACCUUGUAGCCGUCACGUUUGAAGGAGGACUUAUAUCCUUGCGGGAGGAAUCACUUGAGGUCGUUUUCCGCGAAGCGAAGCCUGUGGCUAUCAAAAAAAUUCACAUAUACUCCUCUCCUCAGUCCCAGGUCUUUAUAGAGGGCCUGUUCACCUCUCCUGCUUCACCCUUCUGCCUUCGGGAACUCCAGGACGUCACCUUCGACGUCGACCCCAACACACUCGUAGCCCCAGAGCUCCUCCCUAGUUCUGGAGACCAUGAUUUUACCUUACUCAAACGAAUAGUAGACGAAUCACGGGAAAGUCUAAUGACAUUAGAAAUCGUCUCCGUCAACUUUAUUCCUCCAUUCGACAUAUGUCUUUGUCAUAUCUCCGACCUUAGGUUUAUCAUCUGCGAACAUCCGAGCCAGGAAUCGGUACCAAUUUCUGCUAUAAAGUGGUUGAUCCGAGGUUUGGUGCUACCCAGUCAUAUGAAGUCGGCGCGUUUAAGCAUUGCUGCGAUGGUGAUCGUGGGUCGUGAGUCGCUGUGGAUACAGACGACAGAAGGAUCCGAAUGUUUUAAAUGCCUGGACUCGAUUCUCGUCGAUUCAAGGUAUCCACUACAGAAAUUCUUAGUGGAGUUCAGUGAGCUGAAUGAGGAUCAGAAGGAUGCGAGGAAGUUGGCGGUGAUUCAAAACAUGCCUCAAUUACACAAGAAGGGACUACUAGAUAUUCGUUUAGGUUGAUUCCAUGACGCUCUUUACUAUUCCUUCUGCGCCCAUUCUGUGAGUCAUGCUACUAUAGGUUAUUUACAUGAAUCAAGGUUUUGGCGCCACUCAAUGAUGACCAGAAGUUGAUACACCACGUUUUCAUAGUCUAGUAUACAAACCAAAAAG